CCUGAAACGAUCCGUAACGAGGAGUUUGGGGAUAAAAGUGCCGCCACUCGCAGCCGAGGAACCCCAAUCUCCGGUGGAUAAAGUGUUUAGUGAGCAAAAUAGAAACAUUCAUAGAAAUUUGAGGUUCUGGAUACUUUGGAUCCAAUCUCAGCCGUACAGAAAUGGAUCAAACAGCAGAGAAAACCUUUCCGUGUUCCGAGUGUGGGAAACGUUUCACACAAAAAAGAUAUCUGAAAAUACACGAGAGAAUUCACACCGGGGACAAACUGUAUGCGUGUUCCGUGUGCGGGAAACGUUUCAUCACAAUGACAUAUCUUAGUAGACACGAGAGAAUCCACACGGGAGAGAGGCCGUUCGGGUGUCCGGAAUGUGGAAAACGUUUUUCUGUAAAAUCACAUCUCAAGCAGCACGAGAUGUGUCACACAGGAGAGAAGCCGUUCGCGUGUUCCGAAUGCGGAAAAUGUUUCAGAUCAAAGUCAGGGGUCAACGAACAUCUGAGGAUUCACACGGGAGAGAAGCCAUUUGCGUGUCCGGAAUGCGGGCAAUGUUUCACCGCAAAGUCGAAGCUUGUCGUACAUAACCGAUGUCACACGGGGGAGAAGCCGUUUGCGUGUUCUGAAUGUGGGAAACGUUUUACCACAAAGUCAAAUCUUGUCGUACAUGAACGACAUCACACGGAAGAGAAACAGUUUACGUGUCCUGAAUGCGGGAAAUGUUUUACCAGUAAGUCAGAGCUCACCGUACACAAGAAAUAUCACACAGGCGACAAACCAUUUGCAUGUCAGGAAUGCAGAAAAAGCUUCGGCACGAAGUUGGAGGUCAAUGAACAUCUGAGAACUCACAUGAGAGUCAAACCGUUUGGGUGCCCUGAAUGCGGGAAAUGUUUUGCCGCAAAGGCAAAACUUCUAAUACAUAAACAAUGUCACGCAGAAGAGAAACCAUUCGUGUGUUCAGAAUGCGGGAAAUGUUUACGCUCACAGUCGCAGCUGAGAACGCAUGAGCGAAUUCACACGGGAGAGAAGCCUUUUGAGUGUUCUGAAUGUGGAAAAUGUUUAACCACAAAGUUCAAUCUUAUAAUACACGAGCGCUGUCACACGGGGGAGAAACCGUUUGCGUGUUCUGAAUGCGGGAAACGUUUUUACAGAAACGCACAUCUCAAGCAGCACGAACGAUAUCACACGGGAGAUCUACCAUUCGCAUGUUCUGAAUGCGGGAAAUAUUUUAACACAAAGACGGAGGUCGAUGAGCAUGUGAGAAUUCACACGGGAGAGAAGCCCUUUGAGUGUUCUGAAUGCAGGAAGUGUUUUACCAGAAAGCCACAGCUGAGAAGGCAUGAGCGAACUCACACGGGAGAGAAGCCAUUCGGGUGCUCUGAGUGUGGGAAGUGCUUUAGCUCAACAACAAGCCUGAAAAGGCAUGAGCUAAUUCACACGGGGGAGAAGCCAUUUGGGUGUCCUGAGUGCGGAAAAUGCUUUAGCUCAACAACAAGCCUGAAAAAUCACGAGCUCGUUCACACGGGGGAGAAACCAUUUGGGUGUCCUGAGUGCGGAAAAUCUUUUAGCACGACACCAGGUCUGAGUAGGCACCAGCGAAUUCAUACGGGAGAGAAAUCAUUUCAUGUCAUUGACAGAGUAGACACGAGAAAACGCCCAUAGGAAAGGGAGAAUUUGCCUAGAGAAAUAUAA